UCAAACUACGCCGUUAAGUUCAAAUCUCUCUCUCUCUCUCUCUGUGCGAUUUGGGUCUCUUAAAAUCGCUUGUUUCAGAUUUGACGGUGAACGCGAACCCCCCAUGGCCAGCCUAAUCAAUCAGGCAAAUAAAACGAUGCCAUCUCUAAGAAUCAUAGCAACAUCCAUCAAAACUCCGCUGCUAUUGGAUCCCGUCCUCCACGCGACCAAACCAGAGUUCAUAAACAACUCAGUUCCGCUCUGCGACUCCACUGCCUUUGAGAACAACCCAAUACCUCAAAACCCUACCAGAACCCCGCAGUUUUAUUACCCCAAUUUCCCAUUUGGGUAUUGCUUAAACCCCUUUUCCAUGAACAUGUCUUAUGAAUUGAAAGCUAUUGUGGGUGAUUCUACGGGAAACGAUACUGAUGAUGCGAGGACCGUGUGGGCUGAUAGUGUGAAGAAGAAGAGGAAGAAGAAGAUGAACAAGCACAAGUACAAGAAGCUCCGAAAGCGUCUCCGACGAAAGGCGUAAGAGACAUCUUGGUAAAAAUUCCAGGUCUUGCUGGUUCAUUGCCCUUGUUUCCAUAGUUUUUGAAUCAGAAUAUGAAUAUUCGCUUGGGCUACUAAUUUUUAGUAACCUGUGAGAUAGAGCAUCAUACACUCAUUUUAUUGAACGAAUUAAAUUGAAUUACUUGUUGUGGUGGAAA